UAUGGUUUGCUGCGCUCUUCUUGCGCUGCCGUGACUGUAUUCAAUACGUUUGACUAACCCAUUGCUCGUACCGUUAGCCUUUAAAAAGCUAGGAAGGAUCCACACGCACACGCACUCACUGACAAACGGGACGGUGUGAGACAGUAGGUUGACUUCUCUGACUAAGUGGACCAACACAGGAAUCCCAUGAAAUACGCCGUGUCUACUGCAGCCGCGGUGACGGCGGGGGUGGUGCUGGCCACAACAGCCGGGAUCAUCCUAGGUUACUACUACCUGGGCAGGAAGAAGAAGUUUCAAGUCACCUUGCUGGACCCCACAGUCAAAUACCAGCUCAGGCUCAUCGACAAAGAGGUGAUCAGCCACGACACUCGAAAGUUUCGCUUCGCCCUCCCCAGCGUGGAGCACAUCCUGGGCCUGCCCGUGGGGAAGCACGUCUACCUGUCUGCCCGUAUCGAUGGCAACCUGGUGGUGCGCCCAUACACCCCUGUUUCCAGUGACGACGACCAGGGAUUUGUUGACCUGGUGGUCAAGAUUUACUUCCGUGAUGUGCACCCCAAGUUCCCUGAGGGGGGUAAGAUGUCCCAGUACCUGGAGAAUCUGCGUGUUGGAGACGUCAUUGACUUCAGAGGACCCGGGGGACUGCUGGAGUACAAGGGCACUGGCACAUUUGCGUUGCAGACGGAUAAGAAGUCCCCCCCUGAGACGCAAUCUGCCGCCACACUGGGACUCAUCGCCGGGGGAACAGGUAUCACUCCUAUGCUGCAGCUGGUGAGGGCCAUCCUUAAGAACCCCAGUGACCAGACCAGAUGCCACCUGCUAUUUGCCAACCAGACCGAGAAGGACAUUCUGCUUCGGGAUGAGCUGGAGGAGAUUCAAGCCAGGCACCCGGACCGCUUCAAGCUGUGGUUCACUGUGGACCAUGCCCCUGAAGACUGGGAGUACAGUCAGGGCUUCAUCAACGCAGACAUGAUCCAGGAGCACCUGCCCCCCCCCAGCGAUGACUGCAUGGUCCUCAUGUGUGGCCCCCCCCCCAUGAUCCAGUUCGCCUGCAACCCCAACCUGGACAAGCUGGGCUACCGGCAGACACAGCGCUUCUCCUACUAGCACACGCGCUCCAGCCCGCUCAGCCAAUCAAUCGCUCACAGGAUCUCAGCUCAGCCAAUCGCUACACCUGCUGUCUUACGCCCGUCCAAUCAGAGGGCAGUUCUACACGUAUUAGUGCAAUGAUUUGUUAAACUGAAAAUCUGUAAUCGUUACCUUUGAGUGGAGCUGGUUUACCACCACUGCCGUCCCGCUGGCGCCCUCUUCAGGGCCUAAUCUGAAAUGCAUCCCAAAGAUGAUGGCUUAGAGCUCUGGUUUAUAAACAAGCCUCUGUAAGGUUUAAUAAUGACGAGAUUACACUGCCCCCCUUUUGCUGUCCUGCUGGCGCCCUCUUCAGGGCCUAAUCUGAAAUGCAUCCCAAAGAUGAUGGUUUACAGCUCUGGUUUAUGCACAAGCCUCUGUUAGGUUUAACAGAAAGACUGAGCGGAAUAGAGAGGGAUGUCACUGAACUUUACCUACUCUUUGUUCACACUCGGAGCGGUGAGGCCGUCACCAUCCUCUCUGGCUGCCCGGCCAGCAGCACCUUAAAGCUCGUAGAUGCCCACUGAAGUAAUUAAAACACAAAAUGCUGACGCCCACACUGACCACUGCUCGCACCGAGAGACGCUGGCUCACAUAGAAGAUGAAUGAGUUACGGUCGCUAUGACAACCUCGCCGCUCCCUGUGUGAACGAACAGUUACUGUAAUGUAGAACUCAUGUUAGCCCUUCCCGUCCUCAGACAUAACUGUGUCUCUCUACCUUCUCACUCUCUUUGUGUGUGUGUGCGCGUACGUGCGUGUGUCUGUGUACGUGUGUGUGUGUGUGUGUGUGUGUGCGUGCGGCACGAAUGAUCAACCACAGUUCUCCAUCUUCUCCUGGCGGGCCUAAAAUAGGCAAAUCCUUCCCCGCGCUGGAUGUGUUCUAGUGUGGUGUGGUGUGUACCUGCUGGUGUAGUGUGUAUCUGCUGGUGUGGUGUGGUGUGUAUCUGCUGGUGUGGUGUGGUGUGUACCUGCUGGUGUGGUGUUGUCUGGCUUGUGAAGGCGUCUCUGACAGCCCUUCCUCAGACAAUCCUCAACAGAUGCCUUACUGUGUGGCCUCAAUGUUUGUGUGGUCAAACCGAUUAUCAUUUUCACGUCAAUGUGUGCGGGGAAACCUUUUUAUAUGCAUGUUAUGAGUUGUAAUGUGUUUUCUUUGAGUGUGUUUUGAGCUGUAAUGCACUAAUGCUGCCAAGCUAUGUUCAUAUUUCAAUGCACCACAUGCACUGCAGAUGCUUGGAAGAAAAUAAAAGAUCAAAAGGUCGUA